AUGUCUCUGCAAUAUUCCUCCUUGAACGAUUUGGCUGACUCGCUAAUUCAAAAGAUUGAUCGAUCGUUAAUAUUUCCGCCACAUUUGAGUAAACCCGAAGAAUUUCUUAAUAUUCCUACGAGACUUAACUCCAGGCCACCGAGACCACCAAAUGGAUUUUUGAUAUGUCGCAAGAAUGUUCACAAUCAAGCAAAACGACGAGGGAUAUGUAACAUGAGAGUCAUCAGUAAAGUAACAGGGAUGCUGUGGCGUGGAGCUUCACCUGAUGAAAAAGAAGAAUAUGAAAAAUUAGCGGCAAGAGUUGUCAGCUUGCAUACUCGUCGAUACCCGGAAUUCAAAUAUCGAUCAUCUUCCAGAGGCAGCAGUAAGACAGAAUUAUAUCGACCUUACGUUUUUUCGGUGUCAGAAGAAAUCACCGAAGAUUCACAACCAGAAAGGCCAGAAACGGAGCCAUCCAUUCACGAAACGAACAUCUCUGUUUUUGAACUUUCCCCCGCCGAUUUAAAUACUCAUUAUUAUUAUUCGCUUUGCUCAACGUAUAAUUACAUUUAG